AUGGCAGUUUGGGACAAAAACACUCUGUGGGGUCUCCUGUUCCUGCUGGCAGGUGCUGUGGGUCAAACUGUGAUCUAUCCUCUCACGUCUACCUGUGCUGUCAGAGGAUCCACUGUCACCCUCCCCUGCACCUUCACACCUCGGAAGUCUUUCGAUGACGGUGGGAAAGAAGUUCCUCUAAAGAUCGUCAGAGUCCGCUGGUGUAAGAACCAUCUACUCUGUCAUGGCAGCGUUCCGUCUGUGUUUGACAGUAACUCAGCAAACAGCGAUCCUCGUUAUCAAUAUCUGGGAGACAUGAAGACAAACUGCACUUUACAGAUCAGAGAUGUUCAGCAGGGAGACAGCGCAACCUUUCGCUUCAGGAUGGAAGCUGAUCAUUCUAAAGGACAUUUUACUAACACGACAGGAGUGACUGUCAGAGUUGAAGAUUCGACCAAAAAGAGAAUAAUCAGCUCCAGUGAUGAUAAAAAGUUGAGCAGAGGUGAAACCGUCACACUGCUCUGUGCUUCAGUCUGCACUUUCCACCAACUGGAGGUCACCUGGUUCAAAGAUGGCCACACCCUCUCAGAGACUGGCCCCUCCCUCCAUCUCUGCCCUCUGACUGCAGAGGAUUCUGGGAACUACACCUGUGCUCUGAAGAAGAACAUGGAGGCCGUUUAUCAAUGCCCAAAGGUCAAAAUGGACAAAGUGACAGUUAUCCAUGUGGUUGUGUUCAGUGUGCACACACUGCUCAUCAUCACCGUCUCAUCAGUCAUCCUCAAAAGGACGUGUUGUUUGCAGGUCAGCAGCAGAGAGCCGAGACAUGUGGAAGCUCAGCCUCCACACGUCACUGAGGAGCUUCGAACCAACGAAGAAGAACGAGGCCAGGCCGUGUGA